AUGAGCCGCCAAUUCACCUGCAAGUCCGGAGCUGCUUCCAACAGGGGCUUCAGCGGCUGCUCGGCAGUGCUGUCCGGGGGCAGCUCGUCUUCCUACCGGGCAGGGGGCAAGGGGCUCAGCGGAGGCUUCGGCAGUCGCAGCCUCUACAGCCUGGGAGGUGCCAGGAGUAUCACCCUCAACAUGGCCAGUGGCAGUGGGAAGAAUGGAGGUUUUGGGUUCGGCCGGAACCGGGCCAGUGGCUUUGCUGGCAGCAUCUUUGGCAGUGUGGCCCUGGGGCCUGUGUGCCCAACUGUGUGUCCACCUGGAGGCAUCCAUCAGGUCACGGUCAACGAGAGCCUCCUGGCUCCCCUCAACGUGGAGCUGGACCCCGAGAUCCAGAAGGUGCGCGCCCAGGAGCGGGAACAGAUUAAGGCUCUGAACAACAAGUUCGCCUCCUUCAUCGACAAGGUGCGCUUCCUGGAGCAGCAGAACCAGGUGCUGGAGACCAAGUGGGAGCUGCUGCAGCAGCUGGACCUGAACAACUGCAAGAACAACCUGGAGCCCAUCCUUGAGGGCUACAUCAGCAACAUGCGGAAGCAGCUGGAGACGUUGUCCGGGGACCGUGUGAGGCUGGACUCGGAGCUGAGGAACGUGCGCGAUGUGGUGGAGGACUACAAGAAGAAGUACGAGGAGGAGAUCAACAGGCGGACAGCUGCAGAGAAUGAGUUUGUGCUUCUGAAGAAGGAUGUGGACGCGGCUUAUGCCAAUAAGGUAGAACUGCAGGCCAAGGUGGACUCCAUGGACCAGGACAUCAAAUUUUUCAAGUGUCUCUAUGAAGCUGAGAUGGCUCAGAUCCAGUCCCACAUCAGUGACAUGUCUGUCAUCCUGUCCAUGGACAACAACCGCAACCUGGACCUGGACAGUAUCAUCGAUGAGGUCCGCGCCCAGUAUGAGGAGAUCGCCCUGAAGAGCAAGGCUGAGGCUGAGGCCCUGUAUCAGACCAAGUUCCAAGAGCUGCAGCUGGCAGCUGGCCGCCACGGGGACGACCUCAAAAACACCAAGAACGAAAUCACCGAGCUGAGUCGGUUCAUCCAGAGACUCCGCUCAGAGAUUGAAAAUGCCAAGAAACAGGCUUCUAACCUGGAGACAGCCAUCGCCGAUGCUGAGCAGCGAGGGGACAGUGCCCUCAAGGACGCCCGGGCCAAGCUGGACGAGCUGGAGGGUGCCCUGCACCAGGCCAAGGAGGAGCUGGCCCGGAUGAUGCGAGAGUACCAGGAACUCAUGAGCCUAAAACUGGCCCUGGACAUGGAGAUCGCCACCUACCGCAAACUGCUGGAGAGCGAGGAGUGCAGGAUGUCAGGAGAAUACCCUUCCCCUGUCAGCAUCUCCAUCAUCAGCAGCACCAGCGGCAGUAGCUUCCGGCCCAGCACAGUUAGUGGAGGUUACGUGGCCAAUAGUACGAGCUGCAUCUCCGGAGUGUGCAGUGUCCGUGGCGGAGAGAGCAGGAGCCGAGGCACUGCUGGUGACUACAAGGAUGCCCUCGCGAAGGGCUCCAGCCUGAGCGCUCCCUCCAAGAAAGGCAGCCGGUAGAGAGGGCUGCCUGUGCCCUCUCUCCUCCAGGACCCCUUUGGUGUCCUACCCUAGUCCUCCUUACCCCCCUCCCAUUCUUGUGACCUUGGCACUGGCCUCUGCCAAAGCUCUUUUCCCCACCCACCAACACCCCCCCCCUUUCUAAGUCUGGACAGGUCUGGGCUUCUAUGCCUGGCAUUCCUGCCAGAGCAUGCCUAGGAUCCUCCAGCUGCACCCCAGCUCAGACCUACUCCAUCCUGUCCCUCUCUGUCUCACCAUGAUGCCUGGCUUCCUGGACCUCACUCUGAGGACCCUCACCCAUUGGGUUUUGGUCCGAGCUCCUGCCUAUGCCAAGAGCUGGCUCUG